AGAGAGAGAGGCAGACUGACUCUGUGAGCCGGAGAAUGGAAGAGCAGUGUGUGAGAGUACGAGUGUGUGUGAGAGAGAGAGAGAGAGAGAGAGCACGAGUACUCUGAGUUUAUGAGAGCGCCUGCACACGCAUCAUCAGAACAGAGUCACUUCAGUUACGGUAGGACAACACAGCAGAUUGCUAUCACAGCACACUGAGAGGAGGACACUAGAAGAAAGAGAUUGAGAGAGCCUCUCUUUAUUGAGAGGGCACAUCGGGGGACUGACAAUAGCAGCCAACCAGAAGAGCCGUAGGUCGGUGUGUGCGUGAACUUUCCCAGCCUUCACUUCUUCUCAUUGGUGCCCGAGAGGUCAGCACCCCUGCAAAGUGCCGAGAUGAUCCCGGAGGUCUUUCUGAUCUUGUGGCUGACAGGUCACGGUGUGAAUGCCAUGUUCUCGCAGCAGCCUCAAGACUUGGUAGUUGUGGCUGGUCAGCCUGUCACACUCCCCUGCUCCAUCCCUGGUUACCACGGUGUGGUGCUCUGGAUCAAAGAUGGCCUCGCUUUGGGCGUUGGGAGAGAACUUAUAGGUUACCCUCGCUAUGCUGUGGUCGGGGAUCACGGAUCUGGCGAACACCACCUUCGCAUCCAGAGGGUGGAGCUGACGGACGAUGCCGUGUUCGAGUGCCAGGCCAUCCAGGCUGCCAUGAGGUCUCGUCCAGCUCGACUCACUGUGCUAGUUCCACCUGACGACCCUGUUAUCAUCGGAGGGCCCGUGGUGAGCCUGAGAGCAGGCGACCCCCUCAAUCUGACGUGUCACGCAGACAACGCUAAACCUGCUGCCUCCAUCAUCUGGAUCCGAAACGGAGAGGUGCUGAAUGGAGCCACAUACUCUAAGACUCUUCUUCGAGAUGGCCGAAGAGAGAGCACUGUAAGCACCCUCUACAUUUCAGCCUCCAACAUUGAAACCGGGCAGAAGAUCAUCUGCCGGGCGUCCAACAAGGCUGUCCCUAACGGAAAGGAGACCAGUGUCACAAUUGACAUUCAACACUUGCCGUUGGUGAAUCUCUCGGUGGAGCCUCAACCGGUCCUGGAAGGAAACCUGGUGAAGUUUCAUUGCUCAGCCAAAGCUAAUCCACCGGUCACCCAAUACAAGUGGGCCAAAGGAGGAAGCGUGAUAAAGGAAGUGUCUGGAGACACUUAUGAGGUCAUAGUGGAUCACUCAUUCUUCACAGAGCCAGUUUCCUGUGAGGUCACCAACCCACUUGGGAGCACAAACAUCAGUCGAAAUGUGGACGUCUACUUUGGACCUCGGAUGGCUGCAGAACCUCAAUCUUUACAGGUUGACCUAGGAUCCGAUGCUGUGUUUAACUGCGCCUGGACUGGAAACCCCUCUUUAACUAUUGUAUGGAUGAAAAGGGGCUCCGGGGUGGUGCUAAGCAAUGAAAACAUCUUGACACUGAAAUCUGUCAGGCAAGAGGAUGCUGGGAAGUAUGUGUGCCGCGCUGUGGUGCCUCGUGUUGGAGCGGCCGAGAAGGAAGUCUCUCUCACCGUAAAUGGACCUCCAACCAUCUCCAGCACACAGACCCAUCAGGCUCCACACGGGGAGAAGGGACAGAUCAAAUGUUUCAUCCGCAGCACGCCACCCCCAGACCGCAUUGCCUGGUCCUGGAAGGAGACCGUCCUGGAGUCAGGGACAUCGGGUCGCUACACGGUGGAGACAGUAAGCACAGAGGACGGAGUGCUGUCCACCCUCACCAUGAGUAACAUCGUACCCGCCGACUUCCAGACCAUCUACAACUGCACCGCCUGGAACAGCUUUGGCUCCGAUACAGAGAUCAUUCGCCUCAAGGAACAAGGUGGGAGCCAAGAAUCCCUCCCUGUUGCCGUGAUCAUCGGCGUGGCAGUCGGUGCUUUCGUUGCUUUCAUCGUCCUCAUGGGAACCAUCGGCGCGUUCUGCUGUACGCGCUCUCAGAGAAAGAAAACAGCUCAUCCAUGUACAGAAGACGCUCACCUGGUUAUGCCUACACUGCCCACCUCCAUCUGUGCUCAGCAGAGAGAACUUGCAAGCAAAAUUAAGACAGAAAACCUCAAAGGCGUGGUAUCAGCCAAGAACGACAUUCGAGUGGAAAUCGUUCACAAAGAUCACAACGCAGCCCGAGAAAACGAGGAUCACUCGGCCAUGAAACAGCUCAUGAUCGAACGGGGAGAGUUUCAGCAGGAGUCCGUUCUGAAGCAACUCGAGGUCCUUCAGGAAGAGGAGAAAGAGUAUCAGCACAUCAAGGACCCCACUAAUGGAUACUACAGCGUAAACACUUUUAAGGAGCAUCAUGGAACCCCAACCACGCUGGCCGGAAACCAGACCACAGAGCUCCGCCGAGACCCUGCGACAGCAACCACCGGCAAGCAGCGAGUUCCCACUGGAAUGUCGUUCACCAACAUCUACUCCACCUUGGGCGCCGGACCCAACCGCCUCUACGACUACAGCCAGCGGUUCGUGCUGGGCAUGGGCAGUAGCUCCAUCGAGCUUUGCGAGCGAGAAUUCCAACGAGGAUCGAUGAGCGACUCCAGCUCUUUUCUGGACACACAGUGCGACAGCAGCGUCAGCAGUUACAGCAAGCAGGACGGCUAUGUGCAGUUCGACAAGGACAGCAAGGCCUCGGCCUCAUCCUCGUCCCAUUACUCUCAGUCAUCGUCCCAGAACUCAGACCUCACGCGGCCACUGCAGAAACGCAUGCAGACCCACGUCUGACUGCAGGAGAUGGACAGAAGACAGAGGAAUCCAGCCCUGGGAUUGGCCAAAGGGGAUCGAAUCCCCCCCAGAUGAGAAUCAGGAACCAGUUCAAGCACAUCUAGCACGCCAGUUUAAUUUUAUCCUCCACUUUUUUUGCUUUUAACGUUUCUUUGAUAUAUGUGGAUUUCCUUAUUUACAGCUCUGAAAAGCCUUACCGGUUUCAGAACCUUGUCUUGGCCCUUCCAAAUGCCCAAGGCCACAAGCCUCCUCUAAACAACAGUGUGCCACAGUGAUGUUACUUGCCAACGUAGAAAGAACCUCUAAACAGAACUAGAGUCCUUGUUGUAGUUCCUUUCAACAGCUUGGAAUGACCUUCUCAAAGAAAGCAUAGCAACAUUGCUCAAAUGAGCUCUUUGAAGACAGUUGAUGAAGGCUACACUUCAUACCUCUGUAGUCCAUUCACUCCUCUGCACCACUAGAGAACAAUGCUCUGUUGCUCCUGUACAUUAAAGCACAACUGUCAAAGUUGUAUGUAAGACUUCUCAAUGCCUCUACCACAGCUAGCUAAACAAAUUAUAUAUAUAUAUAUAAAAAGGACAAAAAAAAUGUACAAACUGAAUUAACAACUAAUGUUUGUCAGAUUCUUUGGAUUCUGGCCCUUCUGACAAAGGUUUGUCUGACGUACAAAUGUGAGAUGUGGCUCUGAGCUGUCGGUUUACCAUGCAGAGAUAAGAUAUAUUUGUGUACUUUGUUGUUCUUUCUCUCUGAAAACUUUUUUUUCAGUGUUUUAACAACAUGGUUUUAAAAAAUGUAUUGGACUCACACUGGGAACUAGGACGAUGAUGUAACCUGCUUGCCUUGAGUAAUUUAAGGUGUGUAGACAUUUGUGGUUAUUAAGAAGAGAGUUUUUCACUUUUUUUAAAAUACUCUUUAUUUCCAAAAAGGGUUGGUGUGAACAAUGCACUGAUGGUGGGAACAAUGAUGUUUGGAUUUUAAAAAGACACUCGUCCUGUUUUGUGAAGUUGAAAUAUGACACUUCCAAUCUUCCUUUCGAUUCAUAAAAAAAAAAAAUCACCUGAGCUUGUUGCACAUGUGCUAGAUAUCUUUUUAAACUGCUUUUUUCUUGCAGAACACAAAUUAAGUUUACAUUGAACACAGUAAAUUAAGAUCUGAUUAGUUCACUUUUUAAUCUGGAUUGAAUCGGUCUACUGUUCAUGUGGCUGCCAUUGGACUGUACAGCAUUGAGUACUCUCACUGUUAUAAGUGAGCAAUUUGUGUACAUGUUUUUUUCUGAAUGGAGUGUGGGCAUUCGUGCUUAAUGUAUAUUGUUUUACUUUUCUUUCUUUCAAUGUUUUAGUCUACAGAACUGAAAUUGCAACUAACAGCACUGCUGAUAUCUCAAGCACUUCUAGACUCGACACUUGUAGGGUAAAACCACUCUUUGACCCAAAUCAAGCUAACAGCAAUCAAGCUACAUAUAAUGUGCAGAAUGACACAAACUACCCAAAAGCCAGUGCAGCGGCGUAUGAAAAGCUGAAAACUAGAGACAUUUGGCCAAUUAUAAUGACAAAACCUUUGGCAAGGGUAGCUCCAGACAGACAUAUUUCAAGCUGUUCUGAAACCAGAACUCUUCCAGGGCUCUUCGCAAGAGCAUAAGCCACAGCUCCAAUGAUGUUGACCCACUUGCUUUGCCAAAUGAAAUGGGUGAAUUUGAUUGAUUAGAUCAUCUGCUCUAUUUCCCAAUUCAUUCUGCGAUUUGGUUAUGCUAUCCUGGGGAGAAAUAUUCAGGCUGCCAAAAAAAGUCAAAAUUAUGGCAGCAUGUUUCUAGUGCUAUACUAGAGUACAGCCAUUAUCUAUGUGGUGUUGCAUUAAGUGGCAUAAUUGUAUGAAAUUGCCACUGACCCCUUAUAACAAGGUUCAGGCUUAUCCAAGUACGAGUAUCGACUGUGCUUACAUCCAGUGAUACCAACACCUUUUUCACUGCCAAAGUUUUCCCGGGUUAUAUGGCACUCUGAAUCUACAUUUAGUUGACUAACCCCUCCAGUCCUGCCCUGUGACUGCGCAAACAGAUUGAGCGUGAAAGCUAUCAGUGUGUUUUGCUUAUCGAAGCUUCCAACACUUCACUCCUCUUUUAUCUCCUCUUGAAGUUAUCUCCUAUUCCUCCUCGCUCAUAAAGAUAAAUAUGACCAGAGGCGAUCCCUCAUAUAAACAAGGAGGAGGAACUGUGGUGUCUCGCACUUGAACUGCAAAGAUCUUGGUUUUGACUCAGAGGAAGAGUUGUGAUUUGUACCGACCUGACAAUCCCUCCCUUCAACCCGAAUACAAGAAACACUGCAAGGCGUGACGCCGCUGAGUCAGUCGGAGCUGUAAGCACUUUACGUAUGAUUGUAUUUGUGGCAUUUCAAUGGGUUUCAUACAUGAGUGCUGUUGGAUGAGUCUAAUUUUACAAAUGGAUUGGUGCCCAUUGUGGGGCUUAAACACGAAAAGGCCUGUUUCAGUGCUGAUAAUGCAGCUCAGUCCUCACUACACUGUAUAUAAAUCCCUCAUGCUCGCUGUGUGUAAAUUUGCAGUUAUUUUGCUUUGUUCUUUAGUCAGUUUUGAUUCAUAAAGUGCAGAAAGCAACAUCGCACCAUUGAUGCUGUACAAACGAUCACUUUUUAUUUGAUAUUUUUCCUCUCUCUCAGCAUAGCCAAUGCUAUAGCCAUAGGCAAAGUGUUUCAGAUUAAGUGUCCAUACGUUACGUACCUUGGCCCGUGUUUCCGUAUUGACAACUGUUUCCUGCAAGGUGAAAUGAAAAUAUACAGACCUAUAGAAAUCUUCCAAUACAACAACAAUCCAGCUCGCUGUGUGCACUGAAUUUAGAUCCACGGUUUCUACACCUUUUGACCAUAUUGUGAUUACUGGCUAAAUCAUUUUAUUAAGAUUGACCAGAAAUGGCUGUUUGCGAGGGAGAUGAAAUACCUUAAAGCUGAGCAUAACAAAAAAUAGGCUCAAUAUUGAUGGUAUUUGUGGGUGCCCUGUAAAUAUGGAAAAUGCCAAAACAUAAUUCCGGGUUCAUAGUAUUAUCUGUUUUAAAUGCAAGAGCUGAAGUGUGAAUUUCUCCAAUACUUUAUCCUGUACUGCAGUUUAAUAAGCAGAGACAAGUCUAAGUAAGCCAUUUGUAAACAGUUUUUCUCUGUUUGUUUGAGAAUCUGGGCCAGCCACACAUAGCAACAGUGGAUCAAUCAGUGAAAGAAGAAAACCUGUCUGAAAAGAGUCAUCAUUUUUGCAAUUCCUUUUGGCGAUCUGGUUGCACAGAAAUUGCAGACUUUAACUUUUAAAUGAACUAAUGCUUGCAAAUGGUGAAAAAAAAUUAUCUAUUAAGAUCCAAAAUUACGUAAAAAAAUCAGAUUAGGUUUAGCAAGUAUUUUGAUAAGAAAGGAUGACUCAUAUAACAACAAAAAGCGAAAAAGCGCAUACAAACAUUUCGGACAGAUGUUACAAAAACUUUUAUUCCUGAAUCGAAUCGAGGGCAGCUACUGUACCACUCCUUCUGCCUCCGCAUUUUUUUUUUACUUUACAAUGCUAAUACAGCCAUAUGGAUAUUAUUAUUUGACAUGAACAUAUGCGAUAACAAAUUAUACCAUAUGGACUAGUCGAUACAGUCUUAAAACGUGGUAAAAGACUUAAAAAUCCACCAAAGCAGAGCCCAUUCAUGUACAGAAGCCGCUAUGUGCUAGAAUGAACAUGGCGUCUGUAAGCAAAUAUUGGAUUAGGGCUGUUGUUCUGUUUGAGUAGCUCUCCGUACUCUUUUGUACCCUGUGUACUUUUCUUAUCGCCCAGCCCUGGUGAGUUUCAAUCCCUUCUCCCACUGGACCGCAAGUCUUGCCCGCUUCAGGCACCGGAUGGUCAUGCACUUACAACCAAACCAAACAGAUGAACAAAUACCACUCUGGAUGAUAGGACAGGGUCAUUGCCAGCCGCAGACAGCAGACCACAUUUAUGGCUUUUACAUUUCUCCCCUGACAUUUCAGCACAGCCAGGCGGGCUACUGGCUGAUGAAAUGUUAUGAAUUCCCCUCUCUCGGCGAUACUGUUUUAUAUAGACCUCUCCAUUAUGACGAUCCCUGAGCAAGUUUUGUUUGAGGGUGGUUACAUUCAAGACUGCAUAGGCAUAUUAUUGUGUAAUCAUUUUUGUACGCAUUGCAUUGGUAAUUUGUGCUCUGUAAACGUUCAGAACGCAAGAGAGCGGAAUAUAUCAUUAUGUACAACGAUGGGCAACUCUUUCUGAAUGGUUUGUGUCAGUCGUGUCUUUUCUACCUGUCCUGAGCACUUUCUUCGUCAGAUUUCUGUUUAUAUUUUUUUUUCCACAAGACAAUAUCUUGUUAGUCUUCAAGUGACAUGCUACUGCCGUAACAAACAUGGUUUGUGCACAGAGGUCGAGAAAAUCAAUCCAGCAGUUCUGAAGUUAUUAUACUGUAAUGUACUGGGUUAUGGACGAAGGUUAACCACUAUUUUCUUGCAGUGACUCUCUCUCUAUCAGUAAAAGCAUUAAAAAGAUGUACUUUACCUGUAAUGGUCCGUGAUCUUAUGAUGCUUUGGCUCUGUAUAUUUCUGAAAGAAAAUUGAAAAUCAUUGCAAAAAGA